UUUCCUCCCGUUUGAACUCCUCUCGCUCCGGUGGUUUGUUGUUACCUUCGCUUUGCGCGGCGUGUAAACUGUGAAAAAAAAGGGAGGAGGAGGAGAGGGCGUCGUCUCCGCCGCUCGCCGGAGAAUGGCCGCCGCCGGCUCCGGAGAACCACCGGAGUACGGGUGCUAGUAGGCUGUGGUUGGUUGGACUGGUGGUGGUGUGGUGUGGUGCGGUUGGUUACUUGGGGGGGUGGCGGUUUGGCGGAGAUGGUGUGGUUGUAGUGGUUAGGAUUCAUGCGAUCGAUGCCGUUCCAGCUCAAGAACGGUCACCACCACCACGGCGCCAUGGAGGGGAAGCCGCCGGUGACGCCGAUGCAGCAGCAGCAGCAGCAUGCGCCGCCGCCGAGGGUGUCGAGGUUUCGGAGGUUGCUGGUGAGGGUGUCUGCGUCGGAGAGGCUCGCCGGGGAUGGGAAGGAGAGGGGGGAGAAGGAGGCGGAGAAGGUCUCCGCCUCCGCCGCCGGCGGUGAGGUGGAGGCCGGGUCGGUGGGGCUCGACCGCAUGGUGCUCAGCUUCAUGGAGGAUUCCGCGGCCGUCGAGCGGCCGCAGCGCGGGCGCUGCAACUGCUUCAACGGCAGCAACUACGAGGAGAGUGACGACGAGGAGGGCUUCUUCCUCCCCUCCGACCACUCCUCCGCCUCCGCCCCCGCCGCCGCCGGCGACGCCUUGGAGUCUCUCAAGGGUUUGGUGCAGAGCGCGAGCGUCGCGGAGCGGAAUCUUCUCGCGGACGCGUCGAGGAUAGCGGAGAGGUGCUGCAAGGGAUCCAAGGGCAAGGCGGAGUGCCGCCGCGCGGUGGCCGACGGCCUCCGCGCACUCGGCUACGACGCCGCCGUCUGCCGCUCGCGAUGGGAGAAGACCUCCUCGUACCCCGCAGGUGAACAUGAGUACAUCGACGCGGUGGUCGGCGAGGAGGUGAGGCUCAUUGUGGAGGUGGACUUCCGGUCGGAGUUCGAGGUGGCGCGGUCGACCAAGGCGUACCGGGCGGCGCUGCAGGCGCUGCCGCCGCUGUUCGUGGGGACGCCGGACCGCCUCGGGCAGAUCGUGGCCGUCGUGGCGGAGGCGGCGCGGCAGAGCCUGAAGAAGAAGGGCCUGCACUUCCCUCCAUGGCGCAAGCCGGAGUACAUGCGCGCCAAGUGGCUGUCCCCGCACGUCCGCUCCGGCGACAAGGCCGCCGCCGCCGCUAAAACUGUGACGUCCACUACGUCGGCGACGGCGACGCCGGUCUCGGCGGCGAGCUUCUCCGGCGCGUUCGAGCUCCUGUUCGAUAGGAAACAGAGCGGGGAGAUCCCCGCCGCGGAGAAGAUCACGGUGGUGGUGUCUCCGUCGCCGUGGCGCCCGACGGAGGAGGCGAGCAAGAAGAAGCCGCCGCCGUCGCCAUCGCCGCCGCAGCUGUGGCAGCAGCAUCAGCAGCCUCCCAAAGCGAAGGUCGUCACGGGGCUCGCCGCCGUCCUCUGAGCGUGGCGUGGUGAAUAAUAACUACCACUCUCCUAGAACUACUACCACCACUACCAUCACUAGUUCAUCGAUUCUUUUCUUUGUUUUCCUCUCCUCUUUUUCGUUUCUUUUUCCACCGCGCGCUUCGAUCCGUUUGGGGAUCUAGUUUUUGGUGUUUUGGGGUUUUCCGGGGUUUUUUUCGGAAAAGAGAAAAAACACUUUGCGUUCCAAUUUUUUUCCCUCUCAUCUUCCCUUUCCCCCCUCUUCUUUUUUUGACCCUUGUAAUUUUUGGUUUUAGCAUUAGGGGCUUUUUGUGAAGCUGCUGUUCUUCACCCCUUCUGCCGAGUAGAACUAGUAAUCUGUUACAGAUUGUAAGCAGAGUGAUCAAGUGAUGCUACUUGCUUGCUUGCUGCAAAGCCUCGUGAUCUUCUGCUGCUUCUCCACUUGUAGUUGGAUAAAUCCUAAAAAAAAAGUUUCCCUCUUGUUUUACCAGUUUUUAGUAUUACCGCCCAUCCUUGUUAAGUUGUAGCACUUGUAAUCUCCAUGGAAGAGAUGAACAAUGAGUAAUUAGCUCAGAUUCUUCUGCUGCUC